AUGCGUGAACUUUUGUUGAUUGAACCGGGCCCAAAUGGUUUCGAGGAGAAGAUCGAAAGCCCCCAACAAAUGGAUGAAGAUGAAGAUGGCGUGAUUGGAUGUCUUCCCUCUCAUUUACAAACAUCUCAUCGUAUCGAGAUCCAAAAUAUCUCCACUAAUGUCCGAUUCGAAGAUGAGAAAAAUUUCGAGAAAGUACAAGAACGCUUCAAAAAACUUCUCGAAAUUUAUGCCGAACAACCAUCACUUCUGGACCCAUUAAUACCUGAGACUGUCUUCAAUUUGUCUUCCGUCGUGAAUUUGACAGCAAAUGAUGGGCACCCGAAAAUUCUGGAUGAACGAUCGGCUCUCGCGCUCAUGCUUUUGUUCACGCUUAUUAAGAUCCGAGGCUAUAAAACUAUUAUGAAAUUUCUCCCAAGAGAGAUUCACCAUCUCAAGCCGAUAGUUUCUUGUCUCGAGCAAUAUGGUAAUGCUUCACCAGCGUUGCAAUCGUGUCGAAUUUGUGAACGCACGACUCUCCUUUAUUGGUUAACCAUUGUCUGCAUGAAUCCAUUUGACUUGAGACGACUCGAUGCAAACGACCAAGAAACGUCAACACUGAAGAGGAUCUUGAUUAUGGUGAAGCCACUUCUCAGCGUGACGCAUAGCACAAUACAUUUUGCUGCGGCUCGAUUAAUUGCCGAAUGUAUAGCAAGAGCGGAAGGUCAACAUUUGUGUAAAGAGGUCAUCGAUGAUUGUAUUGCUAAAAUAUGCACCAAUGGCCAGAAGGAAAGCUUUGGUGAACUGAUACUGAUCUUAAAUCUUCUAAAACAUGUUCCUCGACAAGUGAUCGCACCAUUCGUUAACGAAAUCUCUUCAAUCGUCUCUCUUUUGUUUGAAAAACAGAAGAGCAAUCCUUUAAUCAGAAAAUAUUUGUCGAAAGCAGCUCGACGGAUAUCACUUGUAAUGUUAUCACCAACUUUAUGCCAGUGGAGAUAUCAAAGGGGUCGCAGAAAACUCGAAGAGAACAUCACAAACAACGAUAUGUCGAGGAUUAGCGAGUUGGAAGCAAAUAUGACUCAAGAAGGGCCUGAACAAGGCGAAGCUGCUCCCGAUUCUUUGGUUCAACGGUGCAUUGGAUUAUUAAUGCAAUUCUUAAAUGAUAACGAUACGGCAGUGCGUUGGUCAGCUGCAAAGGGGAUUGGACGGAUAACAGAAAGAUUACAUCGUGAAUUGGCCGCUCAAAUUGUUUCUACCUUGUUGAAGAACAAUUUCCUAAGCACAAAUGGAUAUGCUUCUUGGCAUGGUGGGUGCUUGGCGCUGGCAGAACUCUCAUGGAGGGGUGCACUACUACCUGAACAUUUGACUGCGGCCUUCAGCGUCAUACAGAAUGCUCUAACUUUUGAAGAAAAGGUUGGCCGAUUUGCGUGGGGGUCUUGUGUACGAGAUGCUGCCUGCUUUGUACUUUGGUCGUGGGCCCGUGCUUAUCGUCGAGAAGAUCUGCAACAAUACUUGGAAAAAACGGCGACAGGACUUAUUUGUUGCGCUCUCUUUGAUCGAGAAAUAUCGGUUCGUCGGGCUGCUUCUGCUACUUUCCAAGAACUGGUCGGCCGUGUUGGUGGAAUUUCUCAUGGAAUUGAGUUGCUCACGUUGGUCGACUACUUUGCUGUCAGCAAUCGGCGAAAAUGUUUCUCUUUACUGUGUGUAGCUGUUUCCGAGUUUUACGAAUAUCUUCCAGCCCUACUGGAUCACCUUAUCGAAUUUAAAGUAUGUCAUUGGGAUGAAAAGAUGCGAGUGAUGUGUGGAUUGGCUUUCGAAUCGCUGGCAACAAGGUACCCUCGAGAAACUUGGGCUAGAAUACUUCGCACCGUGUUUCCGCUCUUAAAAAAGGCUCAUGUGCCAGUUAUGCACGGUGCUCUUUUCACUCUUGCUCAUACACUUCGAGGAUUGUCCAGCGUCAAUUUCCAAAUCGAAUCUCACAUUGUGAAAGAGCUCAUCAUUUUACCUCGUGCACUUCAACCUCAAGUCAAUUCGAACAAAAACUUGCAAGGAGAACUUUUGCGUCUUGCUUUGUCUCACUAUGUGGCCCUGUUGAGUGAAUGUAAUUUCCCGAUCGAUGCUGAAGAGUUUAACUCCUGGAUGUACAUUGUUGAGUCAUGCUGCUGCGAUGAAAAGGAAGCAAUACGCUUGGCGGGCAACGAGGCGGCAGAAAAAGUGGUCGGAUUACUGCGAAAUAUCCCGAAUUGUGCCCCAAUUGUCAUCAACAAUUUGAUAAGAGUGCUCAAAGAGCCGUCCCGUGAGUGGCAACGUGGCGGAGCUUGCCAGAUUCUAGAAAACUUGCCGAUUUCUGUCCCGAUUCACAGCGAUUUAAUCGAUCUUUUUUGUACAAUCAUUACCAGAUCAGUCAAGGCUGAGGAGAAAUGGGCAUUUGCAAGGGCUUGUGCGGUAAAAUCUUUGUCGCAAAUUUGCAAACGACAACGAUUCAAUUCUGAAGAAUGGGCGAUGAUCAAGAAAAAAAUAUUCAACGUUUUUAUGGUUGCACUCGAUGAUUAUACGGAGGACGCUCGCGGGGACAUUGGAAGAUUUGUGCGUUGUGAAGCGAUGAAAGCCAUGACAACGAUGCUUUGCGAUGAAAAAGAGACCAUCACAAAGGACGAAGUCACUCAAGUUCUUUGCCAGAUUAUACAACAAUCUGCGGAAAAGAUUGGACGAUUGCGAGAGACGGCAGCAACUUGCAUAAAAACAAUUCUUGUUUCGACAACGCUGCCAGGGCUGAAUAAUGUUGACUUGUUAAGAGAGCUUUAUGCGUGCCCAGAUUUGUUUAUAUACGACAAACAAUUGUAUUCGCUUCGUCCGUUGCUCUCCAUCAAGCCUUAUUCAGCUUCUAUUUUACAUGGACUCGUAUUAUCAGCUGGUGGGAUCUCGGAAGUGACUGCUCAGUUCGCCUUACAAGCCUUGCAUGAAUAUCUCGACUCGGCUACAGAAAGUGAAGCUGAAGAAGCGAUGGCGAUUUUAGUGAAAUUCAUUCAAUCACCAGCCUCUCCACGGCUGUCUCUUCCACUUCUUCGCGUUCUUUCAACGAUCCUCCCACGAAUACCCCAUUUACUCACCCAUCCCGAUCGUUCCACGGAGAUUCUGAACAUACUUACAUAUUGUCGCAAGGUGUUAUCGAAUCCUCGUGUCUCGCCGGUGAAUGCUCGCUUAUGCCUCAACGCGAUUUCACCACUAUUGCUCUCGGAGCCACGGAGCAGCACUUGGAAGUUUACGAUGACAAUUAUUGUAAGUUGCCUCUCGUGUCCAUAUCCGGCAGUAAGGUGUGCCUCCGCGGAAACACUAACCGAAGCCCUUUGCACAAUGGAAAUUGUGGAUGACGAGUUAAUUGGUCUUCUUUCGGAUACACAAUGGCAAGGAAGUGGAACAAUGGCGAAAGGUGGUGAAACGGAAUGGCAGAGAGCCGCCUUGGAAAUACAUCAACGAUUGAUUGUCGGAGAUACGCGAGCAGAUGGA